UGCCUCCUUCUAGGUGAACAACAUGCCCAUGAUGGCUCUGGUGAACCCCGUUUACGACUGUCUGUUCCGUCUGGCACAGCCCGACAGCCUGCGGAAGGAGGAAGAGGUGGACUGCCUGGUCCUACAGCUCCAUCGCAUUGGUGAGCAGCUGGAGAAGAUGAACUCCCAGCGAAUGGAUGAGCUCUUCUCCCUCCUCCGAGAUGGUUUCCUUCUGCAGGAGGGGCUCAGCUCCUUGUCCCAGCUCCUGCUGCUGGAGAUCAUCGAGUUUCGGGCCGCUGACUGGAAGAUGACGGACGCUGCCCAGAAAUACUAUUACAGCGAAGUCAUGGAUUAAGCUCUCUACAGCAGAGGGGGAGGGAUGGAUGUCCCCAGCACUUUCACCAGCAGGCUUCACACCAAGUUUGAAUUUCUUUUCAUGUUAAUGUGUUUCUAGCACUUCCUGUAAAUAGGAUUUCUUACUGGCUAGAGCCUCUGGGCACGUAACU